UGCAGCAUCAAAAGCAAGUUGCCAAUUGAUAACAGUUGCACAUUCAUGAUGGAGAUCAGCGAUGAUGGCAUCAGGCGUACUGGUGAUAUCGUCAGCCAUAACGAGACACAGGUUGGCAGUCAUCCAAGCAACAGUGAAAACAGCUGUGAAUGCAGCAGCACAAACAAAGGCAGCUACCAUGAAAACAAGAGUUGUGUGAAAUGCAGAAAAAGCGGCAAGGUGUCGGUUAAAAACAACGGGAAAAAUGAGCAGAAGUUAUUGGCAAAUUGGAUCGGUCGUCAGUUGUUUUAUUGCUAAUUUUUUCGCUGGUGGCCUUCCAAAUUCGUAUGGAGUAAUGUACACAUACAUGAAGGAACCUCUUGGCACCACCGAGUGGGAACUGUCAUGGAUAGGAUCUCUCAUGGGUGGAUGUAUCGGGUUUGCCUCAAUCCUAGGAACAGUAUGUGUUGAUUGUCUCGGGUGUCGUCUCAGUACUUUAUUUGGAGGUGUAUUGGUUGGAAUUGGUUACAUCAUUGGAAGUCAGAUGGACAGCCUGUACAUCUUAUACCUCACCCUCGGAGUUCUUCCAGGGACUGGUGUGUGUAUCGCCUUUACUGCUAGCAUGGUGCACGUCAGCAAACAGUUUUCAAAAUGGCGGCCAUUAGCUGUUGGGGCGUCAGUAUCAGGGAUUGCUGUAGGGAUGUUGGUUUGGCCACCAUUGUCUUCUGCUGUUGCCGACAAUAUGGGAUGGAGGGGUACAUUUCUUAUUAAUGGUGCACUGACGCUGCAUUUCAUACCCGGCGCUCUUUUGAUCACUCCAGCAAACAAUACAGGGCCCUCAAACGAUACCACACUUUCCCUACGACAGGCGGUGGGUAGCUGUCUACAAAUGUUCAAGAUUUCAGGGGCAAUACAUAUUUCCUUCGUUUACAUCUUCCUGGGCUUUAGCUACUACACCUUCUCCAGUUCCCUGCCUGACUAUCUAACCAGCACAUUGUCAACAUUGACAUCAUCCGAUGCUGCUCUGAUACUUUCAACGUCUGGCUAUGGCGGCAUGGUCAGUCGUAUCGUGUCCACUGGGAUAUCAAUGGAGGCUGGACGGGAGUUUAUACACUUGUGUUAGUCCAGCUGUUUGGUCUUCAUAAUUUGUCGAAAUCACUUGGCAUAAAUAUGGUGUUUCUAGGCCUUGGAACAUUCAUUGGUGCACCUUUCCAAAGUUAUUUGGCAAGAAAGCACCGUUCUACUGCGCAGGGACUUCGUUUUUCUUCACAGUGAUGCUCAUGAUGCCGGUGGUUAUUAAACUUCAGAUUUCUUCUCCAGCGAAGCGUCACGUGGAGGGUGUUCACAAUGACGGCUUCAGUUAGGACAGCGACCCAGAUACCACGGCUUGAUCUAAAAGAAGCAUACACUGAAUGUGGUCAUUUCAUGAACAUACUGGUUUCCGUCAACGGGCGCCAUUUUGAUUAAACAAAACACAGUACCAUCA